UUCUGCGACGCGUGCGUGCAUGCAAGAGAGAGCAGCACCAAGGGACCCUCCACCCUCAUUUCAACCCUGAACUACAAAUAUUCUUCUUUAUUGAGACUUCUUUUGCAACAUUUUUACAUCUGGUCGUGAACAAAUAUUUGGGUGGCAGUCAAACACGGGCACGGCUGAUUUCUCCUUCGGCAGCAUUUCGCUUGUAAGUGCCAAAUUUCCUGUUGUUUCCUCUCAAGCUAGUGUGGCCAUUGCACUAAUUUUGCAAUUAACCAUGGCCUCUAAUCAAGUGAAGAGUGGUGGGAAUGUUGGUGGGAAGAAGGUUUUGAGGAAGAUUGAAAUGAAAGUGAAGAAGGAAAUUAUUGAAAAGUAUGAGCGUGGUAUGCGUGUUACCGAUCUUGCUGCAGAGUACAAUAAACCAAGCUCUACGAUCUCGACUAUUUUGAAGCAGAAGGUGGCUAUUAAAGCAGCUAAUGUUGCAAGUGGAGUGACGAUGCUAACCAAGCAGAGGCCUCAAGUGCUGGAAGAGAUGGAAAAGCUGUUGCUGGUAUGGUUGAACGAGAAGCAACUUGCAGGCGAUAGUGUAAGCGAGGCGGUCAUAUGGGAGGAAGCUAGGAUGAUACAUUAUAAUUUGCGUCAGAAAUACCCUUCUUCGAGUAGAGAAAGUGAUGAAUUUAAAGCCAGUAGAGAAUGGUUUGAAAGGUUUUGUAAGAAAAAUGGUAUUGUGAGGCAUGGAGAGGCUGCUAGUUCUGACACUGCUGCUGCUGCUGCUGCUGCUGCAGAAGCGUUCGCGAAAGAUUUCGCUAAAUUCGUGGAGGCUAAAGGAUAUGUCCCACAACAGGUAUUUAACUGCGACCAGACGGGCUUGUUUUGGAAAAAGAUGCCAAAGAGGACCUACAUCACACAGGAGGAGAUGGCUAUGCCCGGCCACAAGCCAAUGAAAGACAGAUUGACCCUUCUGCUGUGUGCGAACGCAAGUGGUGAUCUAAAAAUUAAACCACUAGUUGUCUACCAAUAUGAGAACCCUCGUGAAUUCAAGCAGCACAAUGUAUACAAGACCAGACUGCCCGUGAUGUGGAGAGCUAAUACAAAGGGUCUGGUCACAAGGAGCUUGUUUUUGGAAUGGCUGCAUGAGGCUUUCGUUCCCGCUGUUAGGGAAUAUCUUUCCAACAAUCACCUGCCUGAAAGGUGCGUUCUUCUGAUGGACAAUGCACUGGCACACCCUCCCAGUUUGGUUGACCUAAUGGACAAUGAGUACAACUUCAUUGAGGUCAAGUUUCUCCCCGCAAACACGACUCCUCUUUUGCAGCCCAUGGACCAGGAAAUAAUUCCCAUCUUUAAGAAGCUGUACACUAAGGGACUCUUCACCAAGUGUUUUAAUGUCACCGAAGAGACGUCUUUGACCCUGAGGGAGUUCUGGAAGUACCAUUUUAAUAUUGUUCAUUGCCUCAGCCUCAUCGACAAAGCCUGGGAAGAUGUCACGUACUGGACCUUGAACUCAGCAUGGAAGAAACUUUGGCCUGAAUGUGUUGCUGAGCGAGAUUUCGAACGAUUUGAGCCCUCUGUUGUGGAUGAGAUUGUGUCCAUGGGUAACAGCAUGGGUCUUGAAGUCGACAGUGAUGACAUUGAGGAAUUGAUCAAAGAUCACGAUGAGGAACUGACCGCGGACGAACUCGUUGCACUCCAGAAUGAGCAGCAUAAGGUGCUCACUGAGGAGCAGUCAUUGGGGGAAGAAGAUGAAAGCGAGGUGAUUAAAAGUGAUGUGUUGAAAGACAUCUUAAGAAAAUGGAAUGAGUGCCAGAAUUUAUUUGAAAAGCAUCAUCCCGACAAAACUCUUACGAAUAGAGUGUUGAACAUGAUGAACGAUCAUUUAAUCUCUCAUUUCCGUAAAGUUUUGAUGCGCAGGAAAAGACAUGUCACAUUAGAACGGCAUUUGAUGACUGUUGGUCCACCAGCUAAAUUGAUUAAAAAAACCCAAGAAACCUCUGACUCAGAAAUCACUGAAGAUGAAACAUUUGAAGUUGAAGAAAUCACAAGAGACAAAACACCUGAAGGAAAACGUCCUUCCAUCGUGGAGGUGGACUCUCCCUCAAAACAGUAACACCUCCCUCUCUCUCUCUCUCUCUCUCCCUCCCUCUCUCCUU